CUCUCGCCCGCAGGGACAGCAGCAGCCGCCGCCACUGGAGGCUCUCGCUGGGGGCACGUCCCGUCUGGCUUCCCAAUGCAGAUGCCCACAGCCCCCAUCCCUGAGGCGGUCCAGCGGCUCCUUGAAGACGUUGAAGACUACCUGGCGGAAUGGCUGCACGUGGAGAACCUGAGCGCGAGGGCGAGAGACCAGCGAGAGGCGCUGCUGGCCGGCUUCCAGCAAGUCAGAGCCAGGUACCACCUGGACGUUUCACCUCGAGGGGCGGAUCAGGGUGAUGCUUGCUUUGGACAGGGCAGCUAUGAUGACAACCAGAGCUGGAAUUUUAUCCCUGGGUCAGAUACGUCGCUUGCAUCGGAUAACCAGGAUGAAGGGUUAGAGGACGCCAUACAGAAACCGGCUCCCGAGCUGGAGAAUGUUUUGAAGCAAGGAUACUUGGAGAAGAGGUCGAGAGACCAUGGCUUCUUUGGCUCCGAGUGGCAGAAGCGAUGGUGCGUCCUCACCAGAAGGGCCUUUCUGUACUACGCCAAUGAAAAAAGCAAGCAGCCGAAAGAUGUUUUCCCCAUUGAGCACUACAGUGCCCAGCUGGCUUUCCACCUGCGCAAAGACUCCCGAAGGGAAUCCUGUUUCAAACUCCUCUGCCCGGGCAAACGCAGCUACGAGUUUACAGCGUCCAAUCCUGACGAGGCUAAAGACUGGGUGGAUCAGAUCCAGUUCCUGUUGAAGGACAUGAACUCCCUCACCAUCCCCUACGACGAGGAGGAAGAGGAGGAGGAGGAGGAGGAGGAGGAAGAGCCCUACGACGACAUCGACGGCUUUGACCCGCCGAACUCAGAAUCCCACCCCAAGUCCCUCAGCUUGGACGAGGCGGCGGCCAGAGGCGGGGGGGGGGGGAGAUUCUCUGACACUUUGGCUUCUAUGUCUGCCUGGACUAGCUCUUGCAUUUCGUUUCCCCCCCUUCCAGACGAGGACCUGGUCUCUCCCCUGCCAGACGAUGGAGAAGACUCUGGAGGCCAAAGGAAACCAGGACUCGGGGAGCGAGAUUACGCGAACUAUUACCAAGGCAUGUGGGACUGCGUCAGCACCCACCCGGAUGAGUUGUCCUUCCAGCGCGGCGAUAUCAUCUACAUCCUAAGCAAGGAGUACAACAUGUACGGCUGGUGGGUCGGCGAGCGGAACAGCGAGGUGGGCAUCGUCCCCAAGGAAUACCUCACCGCCGCCUACGAACUGGAGGAGAGAUGAUCCGGGGGCUCCGAGACUCCCUCCUGGUGUCGCUCUCCCGGCUCCCUGACUGUGCUGAGAUACCGAACAAGAGCCCCCGCCCCGAGGGUCCUCUCUCUUGCUGCCCCGCGGGGGCCGCCCCCGCCACCUCCAUGGGAAGAGAC